CGAAAAGUCUUCAUGAUAAUAUUGAAUAGUAAAUGUUAUGAGCGGAAACUUUAGUUCUUGGCGUACUUGACUCCGAGUAUAUUUGGUUCUCUAAUCUUAUAACAUCUGUUGUUUGAUGUCAUUGUUGUUUAGCUCUUGGUUUUUAAACAAUAACAGGCUAAAAUUCCAGCCUAGAAAAACUGCUUCCUGUUCCAAGAUUGUUUUAUAUGCUUAAAAGUGGAUUUGAAAGACAUGGCUUUCUCACCACUUAGCUAGAAAUUAUUGGUAUUUAGGAAAAUCGUUAAAAUGUCACGAAGUUUUUCAAAGCAGGCUCUCAAAUCUUUCAGUAGUCUCACCUAGGUUGAAGUUAACCGUAACAUUUCAAUUGACUCAAACAACCAAUAUAGGGGGAAAAUAAAAGGGAAAAUGCUUUGGAAAAUAUGCGGGAAAUGCGCCGAAAUGUCUGCUUUUUUUGUGUGUCCGGGGAAAAUAAUGCUGAUUUUCACCUUAAUGUCGCUCUGCGUUUCAAACAUCUCUCUACUGUCCACUUUUUUCUAAAUAUGCGCGGAAUUGUCUAUUUUUCGCCUAGAUAUAAACGUAUUGUCUACUUUUCGCCCAAGUAUACGCAACAUCGUCUACCUUUAGUCUAUAUACACCGAUUUAUGUAAUUUUGCAUCCACUCUCAAAACACCUUUGUCAUUAACCCGAACAUCUGUGUUCGCCUUCAUUACCACAACACACCACACAAAAAGUGAAAUGUACAUAAAAUAUGAGAUGUGUUCUGGAAAAUUUAUUGAAAACGAAAAUCGUAUUGCUUUAUAAUGUUAUGAGUGGUUGAAAGAUGUUAGAGUAUCAAUCGUUAUAUUUUAAUUGCAAUUGUCAGGUGCCAGUGUCAUUUAAAAAGAGCUACAUAAGAAAGAGCAGGUGAUGUUUUAUUAAUAAGGUAAUGUACUUAAUUGCAAAUGCAUUUAAAAUCAAGCACACUUUCCCAAAUAAAUAAGUAAGCACAUGUUUAAAAAAAGCUUUAUUGGAAACAAGUUGAACAGGAAAAGCAUUCCACGAAUUAUUUCUUUUCCUAACACCUGUUCGACUACCGAGAAUUAAAAUAAUCUUGUGAAUUAUAAAAUGCAAAGAAAAAAGCUUACUAUAUCUGAGUGAAUUGUUUUUGCACAACUAGCUACUUGAAGCUAAACUUACGGUUAUAUUCGUUAACACUGAAGACUGUACCUGUAGAUCAGUAGAUAAUAUUAAUUGCUUUCAAUUUUAUACAUGCGUGUUCUUCCUUCCUUCGAUUAUGCUUUUGUACCUUGUCCCUCAUAUCGUGAAGAUAACCUUGCGUCGCGAUAUCAUACAGUUUUGCAAGGUCUUUUUCGGCUUCGAAAUCAAAAUCAGCUUCCAAAUAAUCUCGGUGAGACUAUAAUUUAUGACCAAUCUUUGAGCGAUGCUAAUUAUUAUUUAUUUAUUUAAACACAUAAAUAUUGGUACAAGGAAGCACCAGAUACAUAUGCGCCAUACAAAUCUCAUUCGAUUUGCUUGAGGGCUGUGAUACUGCCCAGGUGCCCAGACUGAAGCAGGUGGUUUUCUUAGGGGGCCACACCCUGAGCCCUUGACCUGAAGGUCUAGUCCACAAGGCAGUGGAGCAUCGUGAGGAGAUACAGUCCCAUGGUAGCCGGUGACCAGCGAUUGAUUCAUACGCCAUUUGUUCCCUCAAGAUACUGGAGCCCAUGUGCACCAUUGGUUCGGAAUCAGUGUUUUCCAACUCCCGUAGGUGAACUCGCCUUGUCCACCAACCCGAUUAAAGCGCCGGACAUUCGCUUUUCGUCCUCUCAAUUUCGUAAACAACAGUAAUGCCACGAGAAGGCAGUGAGUAGGACUUCCCUGUCAGAGGCUAUAUAUUCGCGUGGUCAUGUGAGAGCAUUUCGAGAGGGAGAGGUGACUCUUCCCACUCUCGGCCGUACCAGGGCAUUUGUGGGCAAUGCUAGAGUAACUUUGAUAGCGUCUGCAUACUAACUAGAACUUAAUGGGGAUUAUAAACCAGCGUGAGGAAUUGGAAUUAUGAUUUACAGUUGAUGGUUAGGAUUAGAAACUAGGUUUUGGGUUUCCAACAUCAGCUGACAAAAGCUAAAAUGCUAAAGCACUAUUUAACCAAGUGGAUGAAUGAAUUUCGCAUUAAAAUCCAAGACCCGUUAUCUUAUAUCUAACUGGUUCAUCCAUAAACUAUAGUCCCCCCCAUCAAAAGCAGUCACACACUAUUUGGACAGAAUCGUUAAGUGUUGUUGGCGACGCUUAAUACGACACAGGACAUUCUCAAGAUUGAUAUUAUACUACCGACCCUCAUCUAAUAAAUAUCACCUACGUCAUUGUGAUCGAAAGCUUUUCUUGUUACUGUAAUGGACUACUGUACUUAUCAAACGUAUGCCUUACCUCAUAAUUAUUCUUAUUUGCUAUUUUUUUCCAGCUCGAUCCUUGUUGAAGCUACUUAUAAUGUCAGAGGCCAUAUUUUGUGAUGUGCUCAUUUUGGGUGCUGGUAUUUCUGGACUUGCUGCAGCCAAACUACUAACUAAUGAGGGACUUAAAACCAUUGUUUUAGAAGCACGAUCAAGAAGUGGUGGCAGGAUUCAUACAGUUGAUCUUCCUUCUGUUACUGGCAAAAUACAUGAUAAGUCUGUCGUCGACCUGGGGGCUAGCUACCUUCAUGGAUGCAACAAUUCGCAGGAUGUCCAACCUUUGUUUACUCUGGCUAGUCGUUUAAAAAUUGCUACUUCUCCCGCCGCUGGGGAUGUUUUAGGUACGCAUCGGGGCUGGGAAUGUCCAGAGGUAGCUGUUUGGCGAGAUAAUAAAUCGGGAAAGGAAAUUGGCUUGGAAGAGGUGGCUGACAUUAGUUUUCUACUUGACAGAUGCUUACUGUAUAUUCUUAUGGCAGCGAAUCAGAAGAAACAAGAAAAUCGAUCAAGUAAAACUUUGGCUACUGCGUUACCAAGUGCUCUGGAAUCAUGUCUUCAUUUGCUAUACAAGGCAGGUUAUCGAACUUCUCCAACUCUUUCUCGAAGAGAAAAAGGCAUUUUUGAUUCACUAUUCGCUCGAUACAUAGCGUAUGUAAAUCCGGCUCAUAGACUCUCUCCUAAACUUUCUUUGGGACCUCAUUUCGAAGCUGAUGCUAUGGCAGGUUUGGCUCUAAAUGUUGAACAACCAACCUCUGUGUCCAAAAAAAUCUAUUUAGAUUGGUUGCGAGAAAAAAAAACUUAUUUAAGUUUAAAUGGCUCCUGUAAGAGCAUUGCUCGUCGAACCGAUCACAAAUGGGAGGAUCGUUUAGUUCUAGACGGAUUCUCAAAGUUUGUCGAAUUUUUAGCGUCUGGUGUAGACAUUCAUUACCGAUGUGUUGCACGACAUGUGUAUUGGUCAAAUCACACAGACUUUGGUAAAUCUGAUGAAGAAAUUAAUAUCCAAUUAAUUCAUGACAAUGCUGCCUCAUGGUCUACUAAAACUCUUAUGGAUUUUGUUGAGUCUUCUAAUCUAGUAUGUGUUGAUGUGGCUCAGUACUCAGGGGAAUCAUCUAUGUUGGUUUUCGACAGACAAUCUUCUAGGCGUUAUUUUGCACGAUUCUGCAUCAUAACAGUCCCUGUUGGUGUACUCAAAGGCCUCGAUCGUCGUAGUGCCAUCCACUUUCAUCCAUGUUUGCCCUCAAGGAAAAGACUUGCGAUAGAUCGUCUUGGUAUUCCAAAGCUGGGAGCAGAAACUCAUAAUAAGGUUAUUUUAAUGUUUAAUCCAUCAGAGAUUUUUUGGGAUCGUGACACACCUCAUAUUACGUGUCCUGGCGCUUACCUUCAUAUACUUAAUUGUGAUUUUUAUGGAAAUCCAGGUGUUCUGGUUGCUCACGUAUGGGGUGGUUCAAAGCUCAGGAUUACUGGUCGAUCUGAUCAAGCUGUUGUCAAAACCUUACUAGAUUUACUAGGUGGAAUGUACCCGUCUCAGUGUCCAUUGCCUGAACCUAUAUACACUCACGUUACUCGAUGGUCAGAAGACCCGUUUAGUUUGGGUGCUUAUACUGCUGGUGAGGUUGGCUGCAGUGACGCAGAUCGGCAAGCCUAUGCAAGUAGCCUACCUUCCACAGUUUGUCCGAAGUUGCUUUUUGCGGGUGAAGGUACCGUUGACAGUUCUGGUGGUCAACAAUGUACUCAUGGUGCUUUCUCAUCAGGCGUUGAUCGUGCUUUAGAUGUUUUAGAUUGUAUUCAAGGUGGCCGUUGCCGUUUACGUGAUGUGCGCAUCAUUGACUAUCUCACUGGACAUCGUUAUGACUUAUUCCCUCCCCAUGAGAUGGUACGAAGAACAAAGAAGCGGAAAAUAACAAACUUGACUGUAGACUGUAAAAAUUCUAGUGCUAAUUCAUCUUGUAAACAAGAGUCAUCGUUGACUAAAUCUGUCCAAUCUAACCAGGAACUGGUAAGCACAGGAUCAUCAGAUAGCCUGUGUUCUGAAGGUGACUCAAGUUCAUCUAUAUUGGAUUUUGAAUCCGUUGAAUCCUGUGUAUUGUUUCCUAAACCAACACGGCGUUCGACUCGCCUUACUACAUGGAUUUCUUCUCAAGCAUCUUCAUCUCUCCGAAGAGAGUCCAUUUUAAUGUACCACAGAAAAAAACACUCCGGGAGUUUUAAUGUUGUAAAUAACUGCAGUAGGCGUUGCAGUAAAGUUAUGUCAACUGAUAAUCGUGCUGUUUCGAAAAUUAUUGAUGGAAAGAGUCAAUUUUCUUGCUUCACAGGAGACCACAAUUCUAAUCUGCCCUCGAAAUCAGUAUCGGAUUCGCCACCGUCAUCUUUUAGUCCAACUCUACUCACAAAGACUCGUCUUUCAAGUAUACAUACUUCAUCCCCUCUUUCUGAUACGACUGGCUGUAUACUAAUAGAUUGUGAUGAAAAUUUUAGAAAUUUUUCUCCCCCUUUAAACUCUGUAUCCCAAUCUACAAAAAACGUUUUAGAACCUGAUGUAAAAGGUUCGCUAUUUUCAGAUUUUUUAUUAAGCAAUAACAAUUGUAACAUGGAUUCUACACUGCAUUCAAAUAUGUCUCUUAAUAACCGUUCUAACGAAAAAAUCAUCGAUCAUAUCAAGCCAACUAACUAUGAACCUGUUUUUGGUGCUCUUCCAUUCACAGGAACUUGUAAUAACUCAGGACUCCAAACUAAAUCUUUCUCUUUUAAAGAGGCUUUAGUUAUAAAAGGCGUACCAGUUCCCAUGUAAAAAGCAAACUGUGUUAUUUAUUCAACGUUUAGUUUUCUUCUUGACAUCAUUGCAUUUCCUUCUCUUCAUGUCCUCAUGUUUUGUAAGUAAUUAUAGUGACUUCUAUAGUUUGUUAAUUUCUCAAGUUUCUUUGUGAUUUAUUUUAAAAGUUAUUUUCUUACUGUGAUUCAAGCUACUUGUGCUGCUUUCGGUUGCUUAUAUACUUUGUUUAAAAAAAAUAUAAUAUCUUUUUUCAUUAGUAAUAUGUGUUCAUCAAAUAUUGUAUCAUAAUAUUUAGUGGUAGUUGAUAUUCACAAUAUAGCAUUGUAGCCUUUAUAUAUUUAAUUUUCUUGUCCUCAAUGGUUUGACUCUACCUUGCUUUCUGUCCUCUUUCUUUGCUCUCAAUUAAACCGUAAUUUAGUAUUAUUGCAGCUAACUAUCCCGUUAAUAAUAUGUUCUACAUUUUUUAACCGUGUUUAGGCAUUUUCUGUUGUCAAAAUUAUUUGUAUAUAUUUUUAAAAGGUGUUUACUUUGGUUAAUUAUAUAAUUCGUAAAUAGCUUUCUUUUG